AUGCCUGUUCAGAACAUGGAUAUCAGUGAAGGAAAGCAGUGUGAAACAUGCACUAAGCUUCAAUGCCCACGUGGUCUUCCUGGACCACGAGGUAUAGACAAAGAAUCAGGUACUGAUGGUUUUGCUGGUAUCCCAAGUAAGAAUAUGCUUUUUCUAAUUAUGUUCUGCACAAUCUGUGCAUUGUUUUUCCAACCAGUUUUGUCAAGCGAUUGGCUCUUUUGGCGACACCAAUGCGUUGGUGCAUACGGAAGGCUUAUAUGCAAUGGCAGACCAUCUCCUAAUGUACCAGUAGCAAUAUACGACCAAGAUAAGUUGGAUCCGGACGAUCUCAUGACAGAAAGUCGUACUGAUAAAAAUGGUUAUUUUCUUCUUUAUGGCUGUUUGUAUGAGCACUCAGAUAUAAAUCCGAAACUUCAUGUUUUUCACGACUGCAAUAAUGAACCGUCGAACUGUUCAAUCGAUUUGAAGAAAGAUAUACCAUAUAGCUAUGUGAAUAAUCCAGUAAAGAAGAAACGGUUCCGUAAUUUUGGAGCAAUUAACAUUACCAUAAAACCCCCUGCAGAUGACAUAAAAUACAGUUGUUUCUAUAAUCUUUAUCGUUUUUAG